AUGGCUGCACCCCUUAAUGCAACGCCAGGACCUAAUAGCUUAAAGAAGUUUACUUUGGAAUCUUUGGUGAAUAUUGAGCUGCGCAUCAAUGAGGAGAAGAACAAGAAGCCACCCAAGCAGGACAGCAGCUACCGCGAUGAUGAUGACGAGAACAAGCCCAAGCCCAACACCGACUUGGAGGCUGGGAAGAGCCUGCCCUACAUCUAUGGGGACAUCCCGAAGGGAUUGGUGGCGGUACCACUGCAGGAGCUGGACCCAUACUACCUGAAUUCUCAGAAAACAUUUAUAGUGCUAAAUAGAGGGAAGACAAUCUUCCGUUUUAGUGCCACAUCUGCCUUGUACUUCAUACAUCCUUUAAAUCCGGUUAGGCGAGUAGCUAUUAAAAUUUUGAUACAUGCUCUUUUCAGCAUGAUCAUUAUGUGUACUAUUUUGACAAACUGUAUAUUCAUGACCUUUAGUGAUCCUCCCGAGUGGUCAAAACAAGUAGAGUACACAUUCACAGGAAUUUAUACAUUUGAGUCUCUUGUAAAGAUCACAGCACGAGGAUUCUGUAUAGACGGGUUUACGUUCCUUAGAGAUCCAUGGAACUGGCUGGAUUUCAUGGUCAUUUCGAUGGCGUAUAUAACAGAGUUUGUAAACCUAGGCAAUGUCUCAGCUCUGCGCACGUUCAGGGUGUUGAGGGCAUUGAAAACUAUUUCUGUAAUUCCAGGCCUGAAGACCAUUGUGGGCGCUUUGAUCCAGUCUGUGAAGAAGCUUUCGGAUGUGAUGAUCCUGACCGUCUUCUGCCUGAGCGUCUUUGCCCUCAUCGGUCUCCAGCUCUUCAUGGGCAACCUGCGCCACAAGUGUGUAAUCUGGCCAAUCAACACCACCAAGAGCUUCGACUGGAAAGAAUACAUCAUGAACGACACCAAUUUCUACUUCCAGCCCGGCCAGUUGGAUGCUCUUCUCUGUGGGAACAGCUCUGACUCUGGCCGCUGCCCGGAGGGCUACACAUGCAUGAAAGCAGGGAGGAAUCCAAACUACGGCUACACCAGCUUUGACAGCUUCGGCUGGGCCUUCCUGGCUCUCUUCCGACUCAUGACACAGGACUUCUGGGAAAACCUUUACAUGCUGACCCUGAGGGCGGCAGGGAAGACCUACAUGAUCUUCUUUGUGUUGGUGAUCUUUGUGGGCUCGUUCUACUUGGUCAAUCUGAUCUUGGCUGUGGUGGCCAUGGCCUACGAGGAGCAGAACCAGGCCACCAUGGAAGAAAGCCUGCGGAAAGAGGAGGAAUUCAAGGCCAUGCUGGAGCAGCUCAAGAGACAACAGGAAGACGCCCAGACGGCUGCCAUGGCAACCUCUGCGGGUACAGUGUCGGAGGACGCAGUGGAGGAUGAUGGAGGAGGCCGUCUGUCAUGCAGUUCCUCUGAGAUGUCAAAGCUCAGCUCCAAGAGUGCAAAAGAGCGUCGGAAUCGUAAGAAGAAGUGGCGCCAGAAAGAGCAGGAGAAGGAGAAAGGCGACAGUGAGAAGUUUGUCAAGUCAGAGUCGGAUGACGGCAGCAAGAGGAGCCGUUUCCGUUUUCCUGAUAAUCGCCUCGGUCGAAAGUCUUCCAUUAUGAACCAGUCCCUCCUCAGCAUACCCGGCUCGCCUUUCCUGUCCCGUCACAACAGCAAGAGCAGCAUCUUUAGUUUCAAGGGUCGCGGUAAAGACGUGGGCUCAGAGAACGAGUUUGCCGAUGAUGAACACAGCACGGUGGAGGAGUUCGAGGAGCGCCGGGGCUCCCUGUUCAGCCCUUAUCGACGGAACAGCUACGGUGGCUAUCACGGGAAGAGGAACAGCACGGUGGAUUGCAACGGCGUGGUGUCGCUCAUCGGCCCUGGGCCCGGUGGACGCCUUCUGCCUGAGCCAACUACUGAGGUUGAGGUGAAGAAGAAGCUGUCGGGUUCCGUGAUGGUGUCUGUGGACCAGCUCAAUACCUCCUAUGGGCGGAAAGAGCGGGCCAACAGUGUCAUGAGCGUCAUUACCAACACACUAGUGGAGGAACUGGAGGAUUCUCAGCGAAACUGUCCGCCAUGCUGGUAUAAGUUUUCUAACACAUUCCUGAUCUGGGAGUGCUCCCCCAACUGGAUUAAGAUCAAGGAGAUUAUGAACCUGAUUGUCAUGGACCCCUUCGUGGACUUAGCCAUCACCAUCUGUAUCGUGCUCAACACUCUCUUCAUGGCCAUGGAGCACUAUCCCAUGACCACCGACUUUGAAGACAUGCUGUCUGUAGGCAAUCUGGUAUUCACAGGGAUCUUUGCAGGGGAGAUGCUCUUCAAGCUUGUGGCUAUGGAUCCAUAUUACUACUUCCAGGAGGCCUGGAACUGUUUUGACGGUUUUAUUGUGACGCUGAGUUUAGUGGAGCUGGCUCUGGCUGACGUCGAGGGCCUGUCUGUGCUGCGGUCAUUCCGAUUGCUGAGAGUGUUUAAGCUGGCCAAGUCAUGGCCUACCCUCAACAUGCUGAUCAAGAUCAUUGGUAACUCUGUGGGAGCCUUGGGGAACCUGACUCUGGUGCUGGCCAUCAUCGUCUUCAUCUUUGCUGUGGUGGGCAUGCAGCUGUUUGGAAAGAGCUACAAAGACUGUGUGUGUAAAAUCUCUCUUGAGUGUGAGUUGCCCCGCUGGCACAUGAAUGACUUCUUCCACUCCUUCCUGAUCGUCUUCCGGGUGCUGUGCGGUGAAUGGAUUGAAACCAUGUGGGACUGCAUGGAGGUGGCGGGUCAGGGCAUGUGCCUCCUUGUCUUCAUGAUGGUCAUGGUUAUCGGUAACCUGGUGGUGUUGAACCUGUUUCUUGCCUUGCUGCUGAGCUCAUUCAGUGCUGACAACUUGGCUGCGACAGAUGAUGACGGUGAACCCAACAACCUGCAGAUAUCCGUCAAGCGUAUCAAGAUAGGCAUUGCAUGGAUAAAAGCAAAGAUGCGGAUAUUGAUGGCCAGUCUGCUAAAGAAACCACAGAUGGAGGACGAGCAGAAGCCUUUGGAUGACAUGUAUGACAAGAAGCUGAACUGCAUUGCUAACCACACCGGGGUGGACAUCAACCGUGAAAUGGACUAUGCCAAGAAUGGUAAUGGCACUACCAGCGGUAUUGGUAGCAGUGUGGGCAAGUAUAUGAUUGAUGAGGACCACAUGUCGUUCAUCCACAACCCAAACCUGACCGUCUGCGUGCCCAUAGCUGUUGGAGAGUCUGAUUUUGAAAACCUCAACACAGAGGACUUCAGCAGCGAGUCGGAAAACGAGAACAGCAAAGAGAAUCCCCCCAUGGACACACUGCUGGAUGACACCAGUUCGUCAGAGGGCAGCACUAUUGACAUCCGGCCAGACGUGGAGGAGGUGGUGGUGGUGGAGCCGGUGGAGGAAUACCUGGACCCAGAGGCGUGUUGGACAGAUGGAUGUGUCGCCAAGUAUAAGUGCUGUCAAGUUGACAUUACUACGGGCUGGUGGAAGAAUUGGUGGUUCCUGCGAAAAACCUGCUACCUGAUUGUGGAGCAUAAUUGGUUUGAGACCCUCAUCAUCUUCAUGAUCCUUCUCAGUAGCGGAGCCCUGGCCUUUGAGGAUGUGUACAUCGAGCAGAGGAAGACCAUUCGGAUCAUUUUGGAAUACGCUGACAGGGUUUUCACCUACAUCUUCAUCCUGGAGAUGUUGCUGAAAUGGGUUGCCUACGGUUUUGUCAAGUAUUUCACCAAUGCCUGGUGUUGGCUGGAUUUCUUCAUUGUGGAUGUGUCUAUAGUCAGCCUUGUAGCUAAUGCGCUGGGCUACUCCGAUCUAGGGCCCAUUAAAUCACUCAGGACACUAAGGGCCUUGAGACCCCUCAGAGCCUUGUCACGUUUUGAAGGGAUGAGGGUGGUAGUCAACGCCUUGGUGGGUGCCAUCCCUUCCAUUAUGAAUGUGUUGCUGGUUUGCCUCAUCUUUUGGCUGAUUUUCAGUAUCAUGGGGGUCAACUUGUUUGCGGGCAAGUACUACUACUGUUUCAAUCAGACGUCAGAGGAAUACUUUUCCGUCGACGUGGUCAACAACAAGACCCAGUGUGUGGCUCUCAUGAAUCAAAACUUCACCGAGGUCAGGUGGAAGAAUGUCAAGAUCAACUUUGACAAUGUGGGAGCCGGCUACCUGGCCCUGCUGCAAGUGGCCACAUUCAAAGGUUGGAUGGACAUUAUGUACGCGGCUGUGGAUUCCAGAGAGGUGGAAGACCAGCCCAACUAUGAAGUCAACAUCUACAUGUACAUCUACUUUGUGGUUUUCAUCAUAUUUGGGUCCUUCUUCACCCUCAACCUCUUCAUUGGUGUGAUCAUUGAUAACUUCAACCAGCAGAAGAAAAAGUUUGGAGGUCAGGAUAUAUUCAUGACAGAGGAACAGAAAAAGUACUACAAUGCCAUGAAAAAACUUGGGUCCAAAAAGCCACAAAAACCUAUUCCUCGACCACAGAACAUGAUCCAGGGCAUGGUGUUUGACUUUGUGACAGAGCAGGUCUUUGACAUCUCCAUCAUGAUUCUCAUCUGCCUCAACAUGGUUACCAUGAUGGUUGAAACAGAUGAUCAGUCAGACGAAACGGAGAACGUCCUCUACUGGGUCAACUUCAUCUUUAUUGUAGUCUUCACCACAGAGUUCUUGCUAAAGCUUUUUGCCCUUCGCCACUAUUACUUCACUAAUGGCUGGAAUAUCUUUGAUGUGGUGGUGGUCAUUCUGUCUAUUGUCGGCAUGUUCCUGGCUGAUAUAAUUGAGAAGUACUUUGUGUCACCAACACUCUUCAGGGUGAUCAGGUUGGCUCGUAUAGGCCGUAUCCUGCGUCUAAUCAAAGGAGCCAAGGGCAUCCGGACUUUACUUUUUGCUCUGAUGAUGUCACUGCCAGCCCUGUUCAACAUUGGCCUAUUGCUCUUCCUGGUAAUGUUCAUCUUUUCCAUCUUCGGCAUGUCUAACUUUGGCUAUGUGAAACAUGGAGCCGGAAUUGACGACUUGUACAACUUUGAGACCUUUGGCAACAGCAUGAUCAUUCUGUUCAUGAUCACCACAUCAGCUGGAUGGGACGGCUUGCUGCUGCCCAUCAUGAACUACCCACCAGACUGCAAUCCCAGUUUUGAGAACCCCGGUACAUCCGUGAAGGGCGACUGCGGUAACCCCUCAGUGGGAAUCUUCUUUUUUGUCAUGUAUAUCAUCAUUUCUUUCCUGAUUGUGGUCAACAUGUACAUUGCCAUCAUCCUGGAGAACUUCAGCGUGGCCACAGAGGAAAGUGCUGAUCCACUCAGUGAGGACGACUUUGAGACUUUCUACGAGAUCUGGGAGAAGUUUGACCCUACUGCCUCUCAGUUCAUUACUUUUGCCAAGCUGUCUGACUUUGCAGACACACUGGAGCACCCACUUCGUGUGCCAAAGCCCAACACUAUAGAACUAAUUGCCAUGGACCUGCCCAUGGUGAGCGGCGAUCGUAUUCACUGCCUGGACAUCCUGUUUGCCUUCACAAAGCGAGUGCUGGGUGACAGUGGUGAGUUGGACAUGCUGAGACAACAGAUGGAGGAGCGUUUUGUGGCAGCCAACCCUUCCAAGGUGUCAUAUGAACCCAUCACCACCACUCUUCGCCGCAAACAGGAGGAUGUCUCUGCCAGAACUAUACAGAAUGCCUACCGCAUCCACCUCAUCCGGCGCGGCAUCAUCUUCAGGCGUAACAUUUUUUCUAACAAUAAGUUUGAGAAUGGCGGGACCAACCAGGAGAAGAAGGAGAGCACACCAUCCACAGCCUCUCUCCCCUCCUACGACAGCGUGACCAAACCUGACAAGGAAAAGCAGGAUGAAAAAAAGGACGAGUGGGCCAGGAAAGACAAGGACAAAAACCAAAAAGAUGAGUGGGAAUCCAAGUGUUAAGGUUGAAUGACUCUCAAAAUCCAAUAAAACAGAGGGAGAAGAGACUCCGAGCCCAAACACGACAAAUGUAGAAAAAGUGAUCAUUUGCAAGUAAAAAAAAGAAUACUAAAAAAAUGUUUACAGACUCAAUACUAUUCUUCGUCGUAAAAGACAGCUGAACCAA